AAAAUACUAAUUUGCCUAUCGAGUGGAUCAUCCUCCCUUGUUUAAAGCUUAAUUACUUCACGCCCUUCGCGUUCUCCGUCACCUUCUCAUUCUCUCUUCUCUUCUCUCCCUUCGUCUUUGCGCACAACAACACCAACCUCCAUGGCGACCAAUACAGUUAUCAGAGCAUCACACUCCAUGCUCUCUUUCCAACCUCAAUUCAAUCACACUCGGGCUGCCACUUCAACUGCUAGCCAGAGGUCUACCUUAAUUUCAAGCUAUGGGAGAAGGGAGGUUUCUUUUAGCUCACAGCAACGCUCAAUUCGCCUUACAGUUUCCUAUGCUGCUAAACUGGAGACAGUGGAAAAAGUAUGCACGAUAGUAAAGAAGCAGCUGGCUUUACCAGAUGACUCUAAUGUUAGUGGCGAAUCAAAAUUUGCUGCUCUUGGAGCUGAUUCACUUGACACGGUUGAGAUUGUGAUGGGGCUCGAGGAGGAAUUUGGCAUCAGCGUCGAAGAGGAUAGUGCACAGAGCAUCUCAACAGUUCAAGAAGCUGCAGAUCUUAUCGAGGAUAUCAUCAGUAAACAGAGUCCUUAGAGGAAAAAUUGUAUCAGUUGAAGUAAAACGACGUUUGCAGACAUGCAUAGUUAUGAUCCAUAUUAUAUCAUAUAGUAUGGGUGGUUGAGUCUCGAGUAUCUGCAUAGUCUGCUAUUUAUUGUCUUGUUUCGUAGGUCUGAAAAGAAAAACUAAUUAGCUGAGCUAGUAGUUUUAGAGAAAAAAAGCUGCGUAAUUUGAAAAGUUGAUCAAAUUGUUUGCUGUACUUCAUGUUAUUGAACAUGCAAUACAUAAUAAUGACUAAUAAGCAUAGAUAAUUGACAUAACUCCA